CACACCACCUCCGGACACCCAUUCGCAGCCGCCCAUCUCUAUAUAAUCCGCCCCGUCGAUCCCCCACAAACCCUAGCCGCAGCUCCUUUGUCUUCCCCCAGCCGCCGCCGCAGCCGACGCCGCUUGCCUCGCGCCAACCGUCGCCAUGGGGAGAAGACCUGCUAGGUGCUAUCGCCAAAUCAAGAACAAGCCCUACCCCAAGUCAAGGUACUGCCGUGGUGUUCCUGAUCCCAAGAUCAGGAUCUACGAUGUUGGGAUGAAGAAGAAGGGUGUGGAUGAGUUCUCUCACUGUGUUCACCUUGUCUCAUGGGAGAAGGAGAACGUCUCCAGUGAGGCUCUUGAGGCUGCCCGUAUUGCGUGCAACAAGUACAUGACCAAGUCUGCUGGAAAGGAUGCCUUCCACCUCAGGGUUAGGGUUCACCCAUUCCACGUGCUCCGUAUCAACAAGAUGCUUUCGUGUGCCGGGGCUGAUAGGCUCCAGACUGGAAUGAGGGGUGCUUUCGGGAAGCCACAGGGUGUCUGUGCCCGUGUUGCUAUCGGCCAGGUCCUCCUCUCUGUGAGGUGCAAGCCGAACAAUGCUGUCCAUGCCACUGAGGCCCUCCGCCGUGCCAAGUUCAAGUUCCCUGGCCGCCAAAAGAUCAUUGAGAGCAGGAAGUGGGGCUUCACCAAGCACAACCGCAAUGACUACCUCAAGUUCAAGAGUGAGGGCAGGAUUGUGUCUGAUGGUGUCAAUGCUAAGGCCGGGGCCGGGAGCGGGAGGGCGGAGUCGCCGUACCAGGGCUACGACGUGCAGCGGGUGGCCAGGUGGCUGGAUCACGCGCUGCCCUUCUCCCUGCUGCUCCUCGGCGUCUUCAUCCGGCAGCACCUGCAAGGUUUCUUCGUGAUGAUUUGGAUUGCCGCCGUGAUGUUCAAGUCCAAUGAUAUCUUGCGCAAGCAGACCGCUCUCAAGGGGGAGAGGAAAAUGCCAAUGCUUAUUGGGAUUGUAGUAGUAUUCAUUGUUCACGUGUUUGGAGUUUACUGGUGGUACAGGAAUGAUGACCUAGUUAGACCACUCAUGAUGCUUCCUCCAAAAGAAAUACCGCCAUUUUGGCAUGCUAUAUUUUUCAUCGCGGUGAAUGAUACAAUGGUGCGGCAAGCUGCUAUGGUGGUCAAGUGUGUGCUACUCAUGUAUUACAAAAACAGCAAAGGUCGGCACUAUCGUAGACAGGGUCAAAUGUUGACAGUUGUGGAAUAUUCCCUACUUCUGUACCGUGCAUUAUUGCCUGCUCCUGUAUGGUAUCGAUUUUUCCUGAACAAGGAAUAUGGAGGUCUAUUUUCAUCUUUAACAACUGGAUUGUACCUUACAUUCAAGGUGGCAUCAUUGGUGGAAAAGGUUCGAUGGCUUUUGGCUUCAUUGAGGGCGCUGUCUCAUAAGGAUUUGCAUUAUGGCGCACAUGCAACAACUGAACAGGUUCUUGCUGCUGGAGAUCUGUGUGCUAUAUGCCAAGAAAAGAUGCAUUCUCCCAUCCUCCUGCAGUGUAAACAUAUCUUCUGUGAAGACUGUGCCUCUGAAUGGUUGGAGCGGGAGAGGACAUGCCCAUUGUGCAGAGCGCUGGUCAAGCCAGGAGACAUCCGGUCAUUCAGCGACGGUUCAACAACCCUCUUCUUUCAGCUGUUCUAGGAAACCCAAUGAGAACCGCUAACCUUCAGCCUGCAGAUGUUGGAUCGCCGUUGUUAGUCUCCACCAGCCUGCCGUGUGCUGAGACUGCUUUCAGUUCAGGUCCUUUUCUGCCACUUCGUUACAAGUAGGUACCAUGGAUGUUCAUAUUACCCCUGUAUAGGUUCUCGCGGGAUGGUUGAUAACAAAAAAGAAAGAGGGAUGGUAUUACAGAAUAACUGAAUCUAUAGAGUUGAGUUUCCAUAGCAUAUGUCUAGGUGGGUGCUGCCGCAUUUGCUUAUUUCAGAACUGACCUUAUGCAAGAUUACACAACUCCUGACUCCUGGCCUCCUGGGGCAGCUUAGCUACUUGUUGCUCGUACAAUGAGCAGAACAUAUGUUUCUCUUUUCUUAUUGCAA